GCUACGGCCCUCUGUCUGACCCUGGUGGCGCUGCCAACAGAACAGCAAGGCCUGCUGGGACUCAUGGCUACGGCUGCCAUCAUGCGAAGGUUCCGCGGUCAACAAGGAGGCGAAGCCGGGUCACAAGCGCAGGCCAGCGCGCCACAGGAAAUGUACGGCCUGCCAUCACAACAGAUGCCGUUCUACGCUGGAGUGGGAUCGCCACCAGGGGCGUACGCUGGACGUCCCGGUGCUGCAGCGCUGCACCCAGGAGUCGGAGGCUUUGGUGGCUUCGGAGCAGGAUCUCCAGCGGGCUUCCCGGCCGGUGGCGUGGGCGGUUUCCCAGCGGGAGGCUUUGCCCCAGGAGCCGGAGCUGCUAGCUUCGCACCUGGAGGAUCUGCUGGCUUUACACCUGGUGCCGCUUCUGGAUUCGGUCAGGUUGCCCCUGCCGGUUUUACGCCUGGAGGAUCCGCUAGCUUCGCUCCAGGAGGCUUCGGCGGUAGCUUCGGUGGCGAGUCUGCGGGAUCGGCUGGGUACGCGCCUGGAGGCUUCGGUGGUUUGUCCGGAAGCCCCUACACAGGUUGAUUUCCUGCACUGCCUAGUUGCAGCCUCAGAACUCUGUCGUAACGACUGUGUAGAAUGACCAAAAGGUUACGCGGAUUGUGUGCGAGGAGGGGUUUCAUCUCAGAUAUACAUUUCUCGGCAGGGCAGCAUGAAUGUUACUUCAAAAUCCUGGACCGAAUCUAUGAAGCAAAACAAACAGCACAAAAUGUCCGCGCAAUUAGAUGCAAACAAUAGGGUAUGCGAUGAAAGCAGCGAAGACUACCUCAGGAUAGGUAUUAUUAUGCAUUGGAUUAGGCAAAAAUGCGCAGAGAACAAAUUUUGAAAUUCUCAACUGUUAACGGUCCCCUCAAGCCACAGCUACUGAUACUAACAUGAUAGUACAAGUUACCCAUGUGGCGUAUACCUUUGUGCGCCCUGUCAGAAAGGUAAGUUUCGCGGUUUCCCCGGAGGGUGCCUGGGGCACCGAGCUCGGGGAGAUCUUCAAUGAUGUCUCUAGUCCAAUCCCGACCUGAAUUCUCCAUGUGUUGAAUACUCUUCGCUACUGUGCGAUGUACAUAGUUCCUUUCAUCCUCCCUUGCACGUGGCGCAUAUAGAGGAACCUGUGUAAUACUAAUGCACGAAGA